CGCAGAGGGAGCAACGAGCAUAACCCGAUUAACCAAACCCGCGGAUCGCUACGUUUCGAGGCAGACGUCUGCGCUCACUCCCCAGUUGCGGUGUUCGUCUUUCUGGCAUCGUAAUAUCGUCACUGCUCCGCUCUCUUUUUCCAUGUCUCCAACACAUCUGAUCCCGCGACAUCCCGAAAUGUACGGUGAAGUGUUUAUGUAGUAUUCGUUGCACCCGUAGACACCGUUCACGUGCCAGACGACGACGAACACCUUCCUUCGUCCAUCCAUCGACGUCAACUCGGAACACCUCGUGGACUCGCUCGGGCAAAAAAGAAAAACAGAGGGGCUCGAGAAAUCGUCCAUUCAACAUGGAGCAGAAGCGCCUUUACAAAGUGGUGCUCACCGGAGGACCUUGCGGCGGUAAAACGACCGGACAGACACGGAUGAGCACGUUCUUCGAAAACAUGGGAUGGAAGGUGUUCCGUGUUCCCGAGACAGCGACCGUGCUGCUCAGCGGCGGCAUAAAGUUUUCAGACCUGAACGCUGAAGAGGCAAAGGGACCCGGGCCGUGUCCUUCGAUUACGAGGUCCUCGCGGCUACGUUACAGGAACUGGUCCGACAAAGGCGAGGCGAGGUGGCCGGAGAUCUUGGAGGUUGACUCCGGCGAGGCGUUCAAGUUCCAAGAGAAUCUUCUGCGGACGAUGAUACAGAUCGAGAACACGUUCUUCCAGCUGGGCGAGAGCUGUUCACGAAAUUGCCUGAUAAUCUGUGAUCGCGGUGCCAUGGACGCCUCAGCAUUUAUAUCGAAGGACAAGUGGGAGCUGAUGAUGGCCUCGAACGGAUGGAACAACGUCGAGCUUAGGGACAACCGGUAUAAUCAGAUCAUCCACAUGGUGUCGGCGGCGAACGGCGCCGAAGAGUUUUAUUCGACCGAAGAUCACGCGUGCAGAUCGGAAGGCGUCGUGCUAGCUAGAGAUCUCGACUACAAAGCGGCCGCCGCCUGGGUCGGACACCCUUACUUCGACGUGAUCGACAACUCGCAGGAUUUCGAGUCGAAGAUCUGCCGGAUGAUCGAGUGCGUCUGCCAAAAGCUAGGCAUCGACACUGGGGACAGGUUGCGCGCCAGCAGCAGAAAGGUCAAGUUCCUCAUUAAAGGUCCUUUGCCGGCGGACUCCGAAUUCCCGCCGUUCCAGGACUUUGAUGUCGUUCACAACUACCUCCAGAGCAAUAACCCGAAGAUGCAGGCCCGCCUCCGCAAGCGCGGCCAAAAAGGUCACUGGUCUUACAUCCACACUAUCAGGCGUCCAAAAAUGUGUGGUCAAGUAAUCGAGGUGAAGACACAGUUGACACACAGGGAUUACCUAAACAUGCUCGCUCAGCGAGACGACUCGCAUUUCACCAUCUUCAAGCGUCGACGUUGCUUCCUAAUCAACAAUCAGUAUUUCCAGUUAGAUAUAUACAGAGAACCAGCUCACCCAAGGUGCCGAGGUUUAAUGUUGCUUGAAACGUAUACGGCGUUAUCAGGGGUCGAACUGAAGAACAUUUUACCACAGUUUUUGACAAUUGAGAAAGAAGUCACCGGAAAUCCGGACUAUAGUAUGUUCAACCUCAGCCUUAGGGAAGAAUGGAACAGCACCAAUAAAUACUGCCACAAUUUACACGAUUACGCUCUUGCAGGCUUGACGGAAAGUGGAUCCACGGAAAGUAAAAAUGUCAGUUUAUCAGAAGCGAAAGAUAACUCAUCGGUUAAGAAACAAAUGAACGGAUUCGAAUCUGGAGUCAACGGUGUAGACGUCGGUAUGAAUGGUAUCGAUAAAGUUGUUAAUGGCGUGCAAAAUGGUGUCCACAGUGUUGAAAAUGGCAAUGCGAAAUUCGUCGAGCGGAGUAACAUGAAAAGCAAUAGUCAAGAAGAUCAAAAAUGCAUUGCAUGCGAUAAUCCUGCGAAAUCGUUAAAUGAUAGAUUGUAAGACUACGCGAGAAGUGUGUCGAUGAGAAUGAAUCUGAAGAUAAAGAACGUGAGAACAAAAUGAUAAAAGUAGAGCAAUGAGAGAUGAAGGAAUUUUAUUUAAAUAAUUCCAAGGUAAAUAAAUAAGAGUACUUUAUUGGCACUGACAGUUAAACUUAAAUCGAGAAAUUUCCUAUACAAUACAAAAGUGACAAAUUUAUUGACCAUAAACACACCUGUUUUCUAACUGUCGAUGAGACUCGCGUGUCUCGUAUUCAAGUACUACGCUGUAAAUGAGAAAUUGUAUUUCAUAUAAUUCAAUUGUAACUUAUUUUUUACCGAUCUGUUUAAACAAGCGAUGUCGAUUAAUAUACCAAGUAUUUUUACAUCUAAAUCACUUCACUUCACUCUCCAUCUCUUUACUUGUGUAUUUUUUCGUUUCUGUUAGAAUAUUGUGGUAAAUCUUUAUUUAAAAAAGUUUACUUAUAAAUAAUUGUGAUACAAAAUGCAUGUAGUACGUAGCAUACAAACAACGUAUUCGAGAUAUGUAAUUAUCCGAGAACAUGCGAUCAGUGUGAAGUAUACUUUUCCUUAGGAAAAAUUUUAACAUUGACUCGAUAGAAAAUUAAAGUUCUGCACUAAGAUAAUUUUAACGAUUUAUUUUGUAAAUUAUAAACGUAGAUCGCGCAGAAAAGACUUUCGUUUUCGUAGUAGAACUGUUCACGGUUCUCCAGAGAAAAUUGUUUGUUAGCGUAAAGUGCAAAUUAAUCUAGUAUUUCACUUGUCUUUUAGUGCAUAACGGCAAGGUAAUUUACAAAAGUAUGGUUCAACGAUUGUACUGUUCUGCAGUAUUGUCAGAAGUAUGUAUUAUAGUCAUGGCAAGAGAAUUGUCAAAUGUACUAGUAUUUAACAGGUAUAUUUCUAUUAAGAAUUUGUUAAGUUAAUAUGAGACAACAACUUCAAUGGGAAUACUUUCGGUGCAAGCAAUAUUGAUUGUUGAGUUCAAGUGUUCUGCAAAGGAAAUUACUUUGAGAUAAAGAAAUUAAUAAACACUUAAUUUAAUUUAUCAAUUAAAGUUCGAUUCGUCACUGAUCAUAACUUAAUGAACAUAAACUGUGAUGAUUAUAUAUAUGCUUAUUUUACAUAGACACAUUUAUCACAAAUUUUGCCAUUGUUUAGAGACAAAGUGCCUGUGAAAUGUUCAGUCGCGAAAAUGAGAAAAAUGAUAUAUAAAUAUAUAUUUUCAAUGAAAGAUGCAAUAAUCAGUUAUUGAUGCACUUAUACCACAUAUAAUUGAUCUGAACUCGUAUGUACCCAUGAUUAUCUAAUAAAAUGUCAUGUGCCUAUCA